AUGCAUGGCUUAAUCUUUGAGACAAGCAUAUGCUACUGGCAGGAUCAACCAGGUAGGGGAAAGCGCGAGCACACGGAGCCGGGCGUAGCCGGGGCGCGGGGCGCGGGGCGCGGGCGACGCGGCGGGGGCCGACCCCCACAGCGAGGAAGGGAGGGGAGGCGAACACCGGGGCCCGACCGACAGCCCACGCUCGGGACCACGAGGGGGCGCGGCGCGCCGCCGCGGCGGCGCAGCGUGGAGGGACGAGGGUGGGGGGGCUUCCCCUUCCCCGCACCUCUUCCCCCCACCCACACCACCAGCGCGGCCCACAACCUCGGCGCGGCCCGAGAGCGGGGCCGCGGGCCCCGGGAAGUCGCUCGGAGGCCCGGCCGGCACGUGCCCGCUCGCUCGCGCUCACUCGCUCGCGCGGACGGGGGCGGCGGGGCUCGGGCCGAGGCCCGGACCCCCCCCUUCCCCGCCCGCCCGCCGGGAGCGGGGCGGGGCGGACACGGCGGCCGGUCCACGACGGCUGGCCGGGAACCCGACGACCCGCGCUCGGGCGAGCGCGCCAGGGCGGGGCGCAGCACGGCGGGGGGACAGACGGCGGUCCCCCCUCGCCCAACACACAACGACGUCGCCAGACGGGCGGCGGUGGCGGCGGAUCACGGAGCGGAGCCGCGUCAGGCUCGGGGAGCGACACACACCGGGACGCGGCCCGGGGAUCGGCAGACGCGACGGACGAGGCGGGUAGACGGACGGGAGAGAGGGCCGACGGGGCGCGGCUGGCUCGGCCGCCAUCGCGCAGACGCGGCGACGACGUCACAGAAGCCGUGGCGGGAGGGGGCGGCCGCGCGCCACCGCGAGGGGGCCCGGGGGGCCGGGCCUAAAGGCCCGGGCGCGAGUCGGCCGCCGGGGCACGACACGGGGUCUCACCGCCAGAGGCCUCCAGCGCAGGGGCGGUCCCGCAGCACCCAGGACGCCGACUGGCCUCCACAGCCCCCCCAGGGGCGGGCCCCCCUCGCGGGGCUCGCGACCACCACCGCCAAACACCCACGAGCCGCGGCCGGCCCGCAAGAACACUCUCCCGCGCGCACACCGGCCGCCCCGCGGACCCCACCCCACACACACCUCCGCCGCGCCCGACUUCCCCGCCUCAGGAACCGUGAGCACUCCACCCGGGGACGCCGCCGGCCGAGGCGGCCGGUGGGGCGACACCCUCACGAGGGGGAGGCCGGCUCGGCCCCAGACGGGGAAGGGGACGUGGGGGGGGAUCCGCCUUCAUCCAAGUCCGACCGCCGGGGCUCGCGCCCCAGGGAAACGCUCCCGAGCGAGGCGACCCGCACCGCGCCCACACACCGCCGCCGGCUGCGACUCGCGGCAACAGUGGCCGACGACCCCGCGAGGAGAACGCCUGACACGUGGCACGGAGCCUGCGGGGUGGGGUCGUCUCAGCCACCACCGGGUGCCUGCGGCGGGGGGGUGGGAGUCACACGGGGUAGAAGACCCACGCGCCGCCUCGCCCCGCCGCCCUCAGGUACCGGUCCCUCCGAGUCUCCGGGCGAGGACUUGGUUAGAGACAAAGAAAUAUCCCACUCGGCCGCCUCCGACGAGCGGGCCCCACGAGGGACCGCGCCCGGGCCCAGGCCGCCCUAUCCGGGCCACCCAGUACGGCUCGGGCCGGUCCCCAGCCCCCGGCCGGAACUCGCGGUGGAGGAGGGGGCGGGGCAGGGUGAGAAAAAGUCGCGUCCGCCGACCGGGACCCACGUGGGCACGCUGAAGGGCCGGGUGCGCCCUCCCCGGCCACCCGCGCGAGCAGGGCCCGGUCCGUCCACGUCCCCGGACCCAGGGGGACUUGAAAACAUUUUCCCAGGGAGGCGCCUCCCAGGCGACCAGAGCCCACGAGGGACCGCACCCGUGUUGGCCCGUGCCGGUCUCUCCGGGUCACCCCUCGCGGCCCAGGCCGGUCCGGUCCCCACCUCUGGAGUCCGACUCGGAAAAACAUCGGUCAGAAUGAAUCCGACCACCGGGACCCACGCGCGCCCGCCACCGAGCCCGUCGCGCCCUCCACCGGCCUAA